CGGCUCCUGGGAGACCGGGCGGAGGCUGCCGGAGCGACCCAGGAGCCAGCGGAGCAGAGAGCGGCCUGUGAGGGACCCUGCAGAACCUCCCUGAAGGAACACCCUCGGACCACACUCCUGUCUGAUGGCAGCAGCCCAGCUCCUUCCAGGAAUGUCGGCAUGACCGUCUCUCAGAAAGGAGGUCCCCAGCCAACAGCAAGCCCAGCCGGUUCUGGGGUACGACUUGGACCAAUCACUGGAGACAUGGAUGAAGCUGACACCGUGUUUUUAAAGUUGAAGCAGAGUACCGAUGACUCUCUGUCACUCACAUCCUCAAAUGCUGAGUCUGUUUUCAUAGAAGAUCCUUACAUUGCCUCACUGAGGAGUGAGAUCGAAUCUGAUGCCCAUGAGUUUGAGGCUGAGUCCUGGAGCCUCUCUGUGGAUUUAGCGUAUGCCAAGAAACAAAAGAAGGAGGUGGUGAAAAGACAGGAUGUCCUGUAUGAGCUGAUGCAGACAGAAGCACACCACGUGCGCACCCUCAAGAUCAUGCUGAAAGUGUACUCCAGAGCCCUGCAGGAGGAGCUGCAGUUCAGUGGCCAGGCAGUGAGCCGCCUGUUCCUAUGUGCUGAUGACCUAUUGGAAAUACACAGCCACUUCCUUGCCCGCCUCAAGGAGCGCCGGCAGGAGUUCUUGGAGGAGGGCAGCGACCGAAAUUACAUCAUCCAAAAGAUCGGGGAUGUCCUGGUCCAGCAGUUCUCAGGAGAAAGCGGAGAGAGAAUGAAGGAGAAAUACGGUGUGUUCUGUAGUGGCCACAACGACGCGGUCAGUCACUACAAGUUACUGCUGCAGCAGAGCAAGAAGUUUCAAAACUUAAUCAAGAAAAUCGGCAACUUUUCCAUUGUGCGACGGCUGGGAGUUCAGGAGUGUAUCCUUCUGGUCACACAGCGCAUAACCAAGUACCCAGUACUGGUGGAGCGUAUCAUCCAGAACACGGAAGCUGGCACUGAGGACCACAAAGACCUGAGCCAGGCCCUGAACCUCAUCAAAGACAUCAUCUCACAAGUGGAUGCCAAAGUCAGUGAGUAUGAGAAGGACCAGCGCCUCAGGGAGAUCGCAGGCAAGGUGGACUUGAAGUCAUCCAGCAAACUCAAGAAUGGGCUUACCUUCCGCAAGGAGGACAUGCUGCGGCGCCAGCUCCACCUAGAGGGCACCUUGUGCUGGAAGUCCACAUCAGGACGCUUGAAAGAUGUCCUCGCUGUCCUGUUGACUGACGUGCUUCUGCUGCUGCAGGAAAAGGAUCAGAAAUACGUCUUUGCUUCUGUGGACUCAAAGCCGCCCAUCAUCUCUCUGCAAAAGCUAAUUGUGAGAGAAGUGGCCAACGAGGAGAAGGCCAUGUUUCUGAUCAGUGCCUCCAUGCAAGGACCGGAGAUGUAUGAGAUCUAUACCAAUUCUAAAGAAGACAGGAACACCUGGAUGGCUCACAUCCGCAGAGCCGUGGAGAGCUGUCCAGAUAAGGAGGAGGGCUCCUCCAUCGAGCCUGAAGAGAGGAGGAUGAGUGAAGCCUUCACCCUGAGACUCCGGGACUUUCAAGAACGACUGAGCCUGAAAGACCAGCUGAUCGCACAGAGCCUUCAGGAGAAGCAGCAGAUCUACCUGGAGAUGGCAGAGCUGAGUGGGCUGGAUGAGUCAGCCCAGUGCCGAGGCCUCUUCCGAGGAGGCGGGGACCCCUCUGAGACCCUACGGGGGGAGCAGAUUCUCAGAUUAGCCAUGAGCGAGAUUGAGGGCAUCCAAAGCCUGAUUUGCCGGCGGCUGGGCAGCACCAGUGGCCAAGUGGAGGAAGGAGGUGUCUCUGCAGGCCUGCCUCGGAGGGCUGAGACCUUCGGGGGCUAUGACAAUGUGGGCAGCCCCAGCAAGAAUGGCAGCUUUAAAAAGAAGAUGUGCAACAACGACCUCGGGCCCCAAGACUGGCAGGGGCCUGCUAGUGGCCCAGAUUCCAGAUCCUGUGACGGCAACACCCCCGGUGGCUGUGAGGAAUCACCACAGGCGGUGGAGAUGCCUAGCACAGAGAGCAGCUCAUGUCUGCCCACUGUCCUGGAGUCAGAGCUGGUCCACCGGGUCCAGACACUGUCGCAGCUUCUUCUUAGUCUCCAGGCAGUUAUCGCUCAACAAGACAGCUAUGUGGAGAUGCAGCGAGUGGCCAUCCAGGAGCGUGAGAAGCAGUUCCGACUGCAAUCAACACGCGGGAACCUGCUGCUAGAGCAAGAGCGGCAGCGCAACUUCGAGAAGCAGCGUGAGGAGCGUGCUAGUGUUGAAAAGCUGCAGAGCCAGCUGCGCCAGGAGCAGCAGCGGUGGGAGCGGGAACAUGCACGAUUGCAGGAGAGGGAGGAUGAGGCACGCCAGCUCCGCCAGCAACUGGACCAGGAGCGCAUGGAGCUGGAACAGCAGCGCCAGGCCUACCAGCACGACCUGGAGCGUCUACGCGAGGCCCAGCGCGCAGUGGACCGUGAACGUGAGCGCCUGGAGCUGCUGCGCAGGUUCAAGAAGCAGAACACCAUACCAGGGGCACUACCCCCAGAGGUGUUGGCAGAGGCCCAACCCACAAGCCACCCUCCCAGUUUCAAUGGGGAUGGACUAGAGGGGCGCUUAGCCCUAGCCAAAGCACCAGGGACCCAAGGGAGCAUGCUGCUGUCUGGCACAGGACCUGAGUACAUAGAGCGACCUGAGGUGGCCCGCUGGAAUAGUACCACUGCUGAGAGCCGGUCAGCCAAGAGUGAUGUGCCCAUCCAGCUGCUCAGUGCCACCAACCAGAUUCAGAGGCAGACAGCUGUGCAGCAGCAGAUCCCUACCAAGCUAGCUGCCUCCACCAAGGGUGGCAAAGAUAAGAGCAGCAAGAGCAGGGGUUCCCAGCGUUGGGAGAGCUCAGCAUCCUUCGACCUGAAGCAGCAGCUGCUUCUCAACAAGUUAAUAAGCAAGGAUGACAAUUCGUCACGAAACCGCCGGUCACUGAGUCCCAUCCUGACUACCCCCCAUGGAUCUGCACCUGCCCCAGAUCUCUGCUUCCCAGCCCCAAGCCCAAUCCCAAGCCCGGCCCCAGCUGCCACGCCCCCUGAGGUCUUCAAGUCUGGAGGCGUGCCUCUGCCACCUGCAUCCCCAGCUUCCUCACUGCCAACCACACCACUCACUGCCAAAGAUGAAGCUGGCAAGGAAGAUGUCAUCUUCUUCUGAGGGGGCCAUGGCCCCAAGAGCAGACCCUUUUCUGUCCUGAUAACCCUUUGUCUCUGGGGACCCCAUGGGUGACUGUUACUGUCCAGCCAUCCCCUUCCCCUGCCUGAGCACACACCAGGCACUUGCUCACCUGUUGGUGUCUUGGGUCUCACAGCUCUCUGUAGAAUUAGUGGUAAAGCCUGGGUAGCCUCUUAAACCUUUUUAUAUAUGCAUGUGCAAACAAAGUUCUUUUAAACUGAAGGUUGAACUCCAGCUAAACCACAGAGCUGUUGUAAACCAGAGGUAGCAGCACAAAGGUGGGAGGCCAGGAGAAAAAGACAGGUGGGGCUAAGACGACACUGCUCCAGAGGCAGGUUCCACAACACCCAGAAGGCACUAGAAUCACCCAGAGUCCAGUGCAUCGCCCUUUCCAAAGCAGCAGUUGAUGCUGGUCACAGAGAGACUUGAUCAGUAAGUGAACUGGGCAAUGGCAGAGGGCCACAUGAUUGGGGAGGUUUGGGCAGCCCAUGGGUCUGUGGGUUCACAAAUCAGUCUGAAGAGGGCUACCAACUGUCACUCCUUGUAGUAGUUGGGGGUUUUCCCAGUUCUGCCUCUGGAGGAGCACCUGCCGUGUCCUCAUACCCACCCAUCUGAGACACAGAACCCUGGGUUCAGCAGAGCAACACAUACCCCAGACAGUGUUUGGUCCCUGUGAGAUGAGCAGAUUUUCCCUAUUUUCUCCAGUGUCCUGCCAGAGAGGCAGGAGUCUGGUCAGCAGCUGGUCUGGUCUGGUCUUCUCCCCAGGGCUGGGCACCCAUAGGCUCAGGAGGUGACUGGGUGUGGUGACCAAGAAUCCUACAGCUGGUGGACAACAGGGUGCUGAAAGUGGUGGUGUCUAAUGACUCCAGCGCUCCAGAAGUGGUGUGGGGCCCCUUGUCCGUCUGUCUUGUAUCCAGAGUGUGUCUCCAUUUACCAGACCUCAUCCGUGCCAUGUUGCUAAUCAGUGUUUUGUGGGGGGUUUUUUUUGUGCGUGUUUUUUUGUACUGAGAUAUCAGAGCACUUUAGGAAAGCUGACCUUUAAGUUCCCACUCUCUGAAGAGAACAUUCCAGGACCCCACCCAAGUUGCGUGGGCUCACCAUCAGUUCAUAUGCCCUGAUCCCACCCCAGACACUAUGAUGUUUUGGACUUAGAAGUUCAAAUGAUUUCCCCUUGGCCCUGAGUAGGAUUUACACAUCCCUGCCAGGUGGCCAGGUGUUAUCUCACUGUGUUCUGCACACCGUAGAACAGUGGUAUCAGUGUACCUGUCACCAGCAACCAUGGGUUCCUCCUUAGUGGGUCUCAUUUGUAAAGCUGGUGAGCCAGCAGCAUUCCCAACUCUGAGACUGAGUGGCAUCCCUUGUCAAUUGUGACCAUGAUCUUUGUCCACCCUGUGAUUAUUUCCACGGUGAUAGCAGAGCAUCCUAGCCACAGGGUAUUCUGCAAUCACCCUAGAACUUAUGACCAGAUUCUAGCAAUAAAAGCAUCCAAAGGC